AUGGGGAAGAUUUCGUACCUGAGGCUAAAGGGAAGCCAGAAUUUUCGGCUGCGCCUCCUGUUAUCGACGCUUUCCUCUACUCCUAUACUCAUCGAGGACAUACGCGCCGACGCAACGUGGCCUGGUCUGCUUUCCCACGAGGUGUCACUCCUUCGCCUCCUCGAAAAGGUGUCCGACGAUUGCCAUGUCGAAAUCAACGAAACAGGUUCAAAACUCAAGUACAAGCCCGGAAUAGUGAUGGGUGGGAGGAAUUUAGUACAUGACUGCGGAGUGAGUCGAUCCAUUGGAUAUUUCUUGGAGCCAUUGAUUGUACUGGGUUUGUUUGGGAAGAAACCCCUUACAAUUAGACUCAAAGGUUUUACAAAUGAUUCCAAGGACCCCUCAGUUGAUACAUUUAAAUCUGCUACUUUACCCAUGUUGAAGCGAUUUGGAGUACCUCCAGAAGGACUCGAACUGAAAAUUGAAAGUCGAGGUGUCCCUCCCCAUGGUGGUGGAGAAAUUAUCUUGUCUAUUCCCAUUGUCCAAGAUAGUCUAAAGGCAAUCUCCUGGAUUGAUGAAGGCAUGGUAAAGAGGAUUAGAGGGAUUAGUUUCUCAACCAGAGUAUCUGUUCAGUUUGAGAAUUCCAUGAGACAUGCUGCUCGUGGUAUUUUGAACCAUUUGCUUCCAGAUAUAUACAUAUUUACUGAUCAUAAAGCUGGCCCACAAGCUGGAAAGUCGCCCGGUUAUGGAAUUACACUGGUCGCUGAAACCACGUCAGGUUGCUUCAUAUCUGCCGACACUGCAAUUUCUUAUGCAUCAGGAAAGGAAGAUGGUAUGAUUGAGGAUGAGGAGAAUAAAGAAUUGAGCCCACCGGAGGAUGUUGGAGAGCAAAUCGCCUCUACGCUACUCGGGGAGAUUGAACAAGGUGGUGUGGUCGAUUCAACUCAUCAGGGUUUGUUGUUUAUUCUCUGUGCACUAUGUCCCCAAGACGUUUCAAAGGUUCGCGUUGGACAGCUUGCGCCAUAUGGAAUUGAAGUGCUUAGGCACAUCAGAGAUUUUCUAGGCGUUAAGUUUGUUAUUAAGCCUGAUCCAUCGACUAGGACUGUGAUUCUUAAAUGUGUUGGAUGUGGAUUGAAGAAUUUGUCGAGAAAAAUUUCGUGA